GUGACAAAUAAAGGGCGUGACGUCAUGAUGUAAUAGUCUUAAUGUAAACAAUACGUGAGAUACCUUUAUUAUUCAAGAUUCUUUAAAAAAAUGGCUUCAAAGUCCUAUAGAAUAUGUGCCGUUCCUUUGUGUCAAAAUACAUGUAUCAAAACCCCUUCUAAAUUAUUUAUUCACGUGCCACAACCGCAAAAUCUUCGUGUAAAGUGGCUGCAGUUAGCACGACGUGAUCCGACCAGUGUAUCAGCAAAAUCCUCAAUUUAUUUUUGCGAGGAUCAUUUUGAUCUGCCCAAUGACAUGGAAAACUACAUGGAGUACAGUAUUAUGGGUUCUGUGUCGGCAAUACGAAUGAAACCCUGCUGUUUACCUUCUAAAUUUGAAUGUCAACCUGAUCGUUUGAAGAGAACGACCAAAAGUGGACCUCGGCCAGUGGCAGUAAAAAAGACAGCGUGCAUCAUUAAUACAAGAAAUACUUGUACAGACAGAAACUGUCAAUACACCAUCCACUAGCAACAUAGGGACUGGAGAUUCACAAGUAAUGGAUGAAGAGUCAGAUCUCUUUGAAAUGAACCAAAAUAAAUCAACCCAAGUGUGUCCGGAAUCUGAAAGUAAAAUAAUCCAAGUAAAUUUUAAACCAAAAUAUAGAAGCAAGGGCUUACAGACUACCAGUUUCAGCAAACACAAAGCAACAUCUACAGCAAUACAGUUUUCAUCUGUUGCAAUAUCUCCAAUUCAUGUUAAACCUUCAAGAGUUGGUCAUACUAAAAUAAAAAGAAAAUUAUUUACCAUUAAAGAUACAUUGGCAAGCUCAGAGGAAUCUUCACCAUCAAAAUCGCAACUUAAAACUGAUUCUUCACCAUCUAUUCAGUCUUCAAUUUUUCAAAUGACUUCGGACAGUGAUGAUCAAAAAUAAAAAAAAUGUAGAGUGUGAACUAACAGUAAUAAGACAACAAAAACAAUGGGAGGAAUUUCACCAAUCAUCUCUUGCAAAUACUCUGAGACUAAUACAAGAUAAUCCAAGGUUUUACAUUGGCAUACUAAAAGAAUGUUAUUUUUUAGUAGAUCUUAUAAAAAAACACACUACUAUUCCUGUUGAAAAUAUAUUGUUAUGCCUAAAAAAAAUAAGAUUGGACUCAAAAUUUGUUGAACUUGCUAAUCAGUUUGGUAUGUCAGUUUCUUACGCCAGCAGAAUCUUUAAGAAGAAUGUGCCAAUUAUUGCAAAAGCUUUACAUUGUUUUAUUAUAAAAUCUGAUAAAACUGCCAUAGAACUGAACUUACCUAUUGCUUUUAGGCAUAAAUACAGAAACAUUAAUUGCAUAAUAGACUGUCUGGAAAUUGAAAUCCAAAAGCCAUUAAAAUCUGUUGAUCAGGCUCUAACAUGGUCGGAAUAUAAAAAGGCCAAUACAAUAAAAUACCUUAUAAGUAGCACACCUGAUGGUGUUAUUAACUACAUUUCUCCUGGUUAUAGUGGCAGGAUUAGCGAUGUGUGUUUGGUUGAAAGUUGCAACUUUUUGGAUCAUUUGGAACCUGGUGCGAUUAUACUAGCUGAUAGAGGAUUCAAGCAUAUUGAACAACUGUUAUUGCAAAAGGGAUGUAGUUUAGUGAGACCUCCAAGUGUAUCAGCUAAGUCCAAUUUAACCAAAGUUGAAGCUCGAAAAACUAAGGAGAUAGCAAGUUUACGGAUACACAUUGAAAGAGUCAUCCGACGUAUAAGGGAGUUCUCAAUGUUAAAACCACAUUCGGUUGUUAAUACAAAUUUAAUUAAGUUGUUGGACGAUUGCAUUAUUAUUGCAUGUGCCUUAAUAAAUUUACAAAGCUCCUUAAUUAAAAACAUUUGAUGAAUAAAAACAACAUUUAGAA